GCGGUGGAGUCAGCUGCGGACUGCGCCCGGGGCUGGGGACCGAGGGGCAGGAGUCCUGGCCUCCCCCCGCCCAGGCGGGGGUGUGUCAUGGACCACCUCGGGGCGCCCCUCUGGCCCCAAGUCGGCUCUCUCUGUCUCCUGCUCGCUGGAGCCGCCUGGGCCCCCCCACCCAACAUCCCGGACCCCAAGUUUGAAAGCAAAGGCGGCGGGAGGGAGGAGGAAGAGGCUGUGGCUGGAGGACCCGGCUCCGCUGCCCUGAUCCCCUCCCGCCGCCCCUCUCCACCAGCCGCGCUGCUGGCGGCGGGCGGACCCGAAGAGCUUCUGUGCUUUACCGAGCGGCUGGAGGACUUGGUGUGCUUCUGGGAGGAAGCGGCGAGCGCCGGGGUCGGCCCCGACAACUACAGCUUCUCCUACCAGCUCGAGGGUGAGCCAUGGAAGCUGUGUCGCCUGCACCAGGCGCCCACGGCUCGCGGCUCCGUGCGCUCCCGGUGCUCGCUGCCCACGGCCGACACGUCGAGCUUCGUGCCCCUAGAGCUGCGCGUCACGGAGGCCUCCUCGGGCGCACGGCGCUAUCAUCGGAUCAUCCAAGUCAAUGAAGUGGUGCUUCUGGAUCCCCCUGCCGGGCUCCAGGCGCGGCCGGCUGAUGAGGGUGGCCACGUGGUGCUGCGCUGGAUCCCGCCACCUGGGGCACCCAUGGCGACCCACAUACGCUACGAGGUGGACGUCUCGGCCGGCAACAGCGCAGGGGGCGCGCAGAGGGUGGACAUCCUGGAGGGCCGCACCGAGUGUGUGCUGAGCAACCUGCGACCGCAGACGCGCUACACCUUCGCGGUGCGCGCGCGGAUGGCCGAGCCGAGCUUCGGGGGCUUCUGGAGCGCCUGGUCGGAGCCGGCGUCACUGCUGACGGCUAGCGACCUGGACCCCCUCAUCCUGGCGCUCUCGCUCAUCCUCGUGCUGAUCCUGCUGCUGCUGGCGGUACUUGCCCUGCUCUCCCACCGCCGAGCUCUGAAGCAGAAGAUCUGGCCGGGCAUCCCGAGCCCCGAGAGUGAGUUUGAGGGUCUCUUCACCACCCACAAGGGUAACUUCCAGCUGUGGUUGUACCAGAACGAUGGCUGUCUGUGGUGGAGCCCGGGCACCCCCUUCUCGGAGGACCCGCCUGCCCCCCUGGAAGUCCUCUCUGAGCGCUGCUGGGAUGUGACUCAAGUUGUGGAGCGGGGGGCAGGGGAUGAGGAGCCCCUGCUGCAGCCGGUGGGCAGGGAGCGUGCCCAGGACCCCUACCUGGUACUGGACGAGUGGCUGCUGCCCCAGAGCCCGCCCAGCGGGGACCUCCCGGGGUCUGGCCGCAGCGUGGACGGAGAAGCCAUGGAUGCGGGCUCUGAAGCGUCCUGCUCGUCUUCCUUGGCCUUGAAGGCUGGACCAGAGGGCACCUCAGCUGCCAGCUUUGAGUACACCAUCCUGGACCCCAGCUCCCAGCUCCUGCGCCCACGGGCGCUGCGCCCCGAGCUGCCCCCCACCCCGCCCCACCUUAAGUAUCUGUACCUCAUGGUGUCAGACUCUGGUAUCUCAACUGACUACAGCUCAGGGAGCUCCCAGGCAGCCCAAGGGGGCUUGCCCGAUGGUCUCUACUCCACCCCUUAUGAGAACGGCCUCGCUCCAGCCCCUGAGCCUACAGCCCCCAGCUACGUGAGCUGCUCUUAGGACGUUAACCCACAGAUGCUCACGCAGGGAUUCAACAGGACCCCAGGCGCCAGUGCUGACCCCAGACUUACCGAACAGGGGUGGUGAGGCCUGCCCUGGGACAUGGCUGCCCUUGGCUGGCUGCUCAGGAGGUCGUGACCUUGAAGUAUUUUAAAAUAUGUAUAGUUUUUUUUUUUUUAAAUAUAUAUAUAUAUGUACAUUUA